CCCCGGUUUGGCUCCUCGGCGCUGCGUUGCUCCUUAGGGUGCCGGGGUCGCCUGCCUCCCCGGUGGUCUCGUCCUGGCCGGGCCAGCUUUGGGUGCGUGAGAGGCGCGGGGCCCACAGUCCCGCUGGAGCCGAGCUGGCGGAGUGGCGUUGCUUGCAGUCCUCUGGGCGGGUUUCGCUGAGCCGCGUCAGGGGUUCUCAUUUAAACCUUUGUGUGUAUUCCUGGCUUUCUAGUAGAUGCUGCGACGAGGGACUAAUAAUCACUUCUCAAACCAAUUUUUCUCGGCCUCAGAGUGGCUUUGAAUGUGCUGUUGUGUCCAGUUUCCUCAUCACUGCAGAGCAUUUCUCACUUUUUUAAAAUUGCCUUAAAGAAUGUUUACCUAGCGUUUUUUGGAGGUUGCAAGGCUGUCAAUUUGUCAGACUUUUAUGAACAGUUUUAUUGAUAAAAAAUAAACAUGGCACGUGUUUAAUUCAUACGGUUUGAUGGGUUUGACAUAUUCAGGCUUCCUUAUCCAUAAUAUUUUGAUAUCUGAGUCCACUGCCUUUUUAGGCAGGAAGUAUUGAAUUCCUGUGAAACUGUAUUUUAUUUUAUCUUUUAUAAUUUUAUUUAUUUGGCAUAGCAACAGUGAGAGACAGACAGACCAAGGGAAGCAGAGAGGGAAGGGAGUGGGGAGAGAAAUUGAGAUAUUCCAUCUGCUAGUUCACUCCCCGAAUGAACACACAAGCCAGGACUGGGCCAAGCCAAGCCAGGAGCUGGGAACUCAAUCCAGGUCUUCCAUGUGGUGGCAAGGACCUAACUGCUUGAACCGUCACCUACUACCUCCCAGGAGGCUGGAUUAGAAGUGGAGCAGAUGGGACUCAAACCAGCACUGUGGUGUGGGAUGGAAGCCUUGCGAAUUGCAGCCUGAUCAACUUGCAGCCACAACAUUUGCCCAAAACACUGUUUUAUACUUCAUGCUGACAUCAAGUUUUGGAAAUCAACUCUUCUGGCUUUUACACAAUUUAAAUAUAAUAGUGUCAUUGCACUGAAAUGUUCCUGACGCCAACCUCAGAGUUAAACAGUGGGCAGAACUUCUUAACCCAAUGGAUGACCAAUCCUUCCCGGGCUGGGGUCAUAUUAAAUCGUGGAUUUCCUAUUUUGGAAGCUGAUGAAGAGAAGCGAGCAAGUGCAAACAUUUCUGCCGGCUUUCCUAUUAAAGCCACACAUUUUUCAAAUAGCUUCACCUUCCUUAGUGAAGAAGAUUCACUUCAUGAAGGGCAGAAGUUGGAAUCCAACAGCACUUACAGACCACACUCAGAUACACCUGAAACACGCACCGUCUUCCCUUUAAUUAAAAACGGAUCACAAAGUGUGACAUGUCAGGAUGUUUCCAGACACCAGGAAGAUAACAAAAAUGACUUUAUUCCAGCCCUUGUGAGUGAAUUCAAAGAAGUGGCAUAUAAAGACCCACUUUUUAAAAAACUAGAACAGCUGAAAGAAGUACAACAGAAGAAACAGGAGCAACUGAAGAGGCAGCAGCUGGAGCAGCUGCAGAGACUCGUGGAAGAACAGGAGAAGCUGCUUACGAUGGUGUCUGGGCCCCACACGCUUCCUGCUUUGGCUUUACUGCCUGAUGAUCAGAGCCAGAAGUACAGGUCACCAGGAAAUUCAGCUGCUGGAGAGAAAGCCAUGCCCUUCUUACCAUCUUACAUCUUCUCGAACCAAUCCCAAGAGAAAGCUCACACUUCUGAUAUUUUACCUGAUGAACAGAACAACUUGUGUAGAGGUACCUUUCAAGAUGUACCUAUCAAGCACUCAAAAAGUGCCUCUCCCAGUUUGUUCUGUGAGGCCCAGUGUCGAGAAGCACUUGUGAAAAAUGAUUCGAAGGAAGAAAACCAUAACCAUGCUACAGGAGAAAGUUUAUCAAUGACAGAACAGAUUCUGGAAAGGAGUGAUGUGAAUUUUAAAAAGAUUGGUGAUUCCUCAGAAGUCAUUAAUAUUGAAGAAAGGCCUAUUAAAGCUGCUAUUAGAGAAAGGAAACAGACAUUUGAAGACUACUUAGAGGAACAAAUUCGGCUGGAAGAACAAGAACGGAAACAAAAACAGCUAAGGGAAGCAGAAGGACCAUUGCAAAUCAAAGCAAAACCAAAACAACCAUUCUUAAAACGAGGAGAAGGUUUAGCUAGAUUUACAAAUGUUAAAUCUAGGUUUCAAAAAGGGAAGGAAAGCAAACCAGUGACUAACCAGAACACUGCAGAAGACCACUCUGUGUUCAAAGUGGACAGACAGCGGUUCCAGCGGAAAACUGCUCUUGUAAAUAAAGAGCUGUGUACGGAGAGCCCUGCUGUUAAAAAGGACAAUGGAGUUCGGACCAAGAGUGUUCCUGUUGCACUCGGUCAGAAACUCCAAGUGCCUAAAAGUAAUAAUAGAAAAAGUCUCUCUCCGUCAGGAUUGAAAAUUCAGGCGGGAAAGAAAUGUGAUGGACAAUUGAGAGACCAGAUCAAAGUAGAAAAAAAGGUUGAAUUUACUAGCAAGGAAAAUGUACCUGAGGGUACAAAACCUUGUGAUACUGGUUGCAGAGUGUGGAAUAAAACACAAAGGAAAGACAGAUUGCCACUUCUACCAGAGCAGCUCAGCUGCGUGGCUUCUAAGGACCCAACGAGUGAUACUGUGAAAGAGAUGGAAUCUUCUCUUGACAUUUCUCUUCAGAAAAAAUUAGAGAAUUGGGAAAGAGAAAAGGAAAAGGAAAAUUUGGAAUUAGAUGAAUUUUUGUUUUUAGAGCAAGCUGCUGAUGAAAUAUCAUUUUCUAGUAAUUCCUCAUUUGUGCUGAAGAUCUUAGAAAGGGAUCAGCAGAUCUGCAAAGGUCACCGGAUGUCUUCCACCCCUGUGAAAGCCGUGCAGCCAGAGAAGGCACAUCUGGUGGAUCCUGUUAGUCAGAGUAACCACAGUGAGGGUCCCGGCCACACUGCCCAUGAAAGCAAAAGUGAGUGUGAGGUGGCACCCAAGCCACUGGGCACAGUGACCCCACCUAAUGGACUGAGAGAACAGGCUUGUAAAAUCAAAAGGAAAGCCUGCCAAAGGAACUCUUUGAGCAGUUCUGAAAGCCAAGCUGCAUGGGAUGCAAGUGAUGAUGAAGGUGUUACCAACAGUGACAGCGGCACUGACUCUGAGGAGCAGCUUGAUGUCACCAUAAAACCAUUGACUGAGGAGGGAGAAAGGAGUCUCGGCAGCAUGGAGGGUAGCCCACACAUCUGUGAUGGCAAGGGGCCUUUCAGGGAUACUCAAACUCAAGAAGAUAAAAGAGAUGUGGAUCUGGAUUUGUCUGAUAAAGAUUAUAGCAGUGAUGAGUAUAUCAUAACAGAAAACGUGAAGAACAAGGAACCUGAGCCCUCACGAAGACCUUCAUCUCUAAGUAUGAGUAAAAUCGACUUUGAUGAUGAAAGAACUUGGACUGACCUUGAAGAGAGUUCAUGUAAAAAUGAUGCUGUCCUUGAGGAUGAAGCCAUUUAUGGGAUACCCCAGACACGUGCCCUUAAUAAGAGUGAAAUCUGUGUCCUGGACAAAACAAUAAAGAGGAAGAUUGCACCAGUCAAGAAGGGAGAAGACUCACGCCAGGCAGGCAGGAGCAGAAGCCCUCCUCCUGUGUCGGAUCUCAUGAUGAAAUUCUUCCCAUCUUUGAAACCAAAACCGAAACCAAAAUCAAAAUCAGAUUCACAUUUGGAGAACGAACCCAAGUUAAACAUGAGUCAAGACCAACCACCUGGUGACAGUGCUAGAUCUCAGAUUCUGAGAGAGAAAGUGAUUGAACUGGAAACAGAAAUAGAAAAAUUUAAAGCUGAGAAUAAAUCUUUAGCUAAACUUCGCAUUGAACGGGAAAGUGCCUUGGAAAAACUCAGGAAAGAAAUCGCAGACUUUGAACAGCAGAAAGCAAAAGAAUUGGCUCGAUUAGAAGAGUUUAAGAAGGAGGAAAUGAGAAAGCUACAAAAGGAACGCAAAGUGUUUGAAAAAUAUACCACGGUUGCAAGAACUUUUCCAGAUAAAAAGGAACGUGAAGAAAUACAGGCUUUGAAACAGCAAGUAGCAGAUUUACAGGAAGAUUUAAAAAGGAAAGAAGCAAAAUGGUCAAGUGCACAUGGGCGUCUCAGAAGCCAGAUAGAAAUGUUGGUCAGAGAGAACACAGACCUUCGGGAAGAGAUAAAGGUGAUGGAAAGAUUCCGACUGGAUGCCUGGAAGAAGGCAGAAGCAAUUGAGAACAGCCCUAAGGCCUAUCCACAUGUAACUGCUGGAAAAAAUCCUGAGUCUAUGAACCCAUCUGUUCGAUUUCAAAAGAGUCAGAUUUCUUCGGGAACCCAUGUAGAAAAACACAAGCAAACUUACUUGUCAACACAAGGAAAUCCAUCUCGAAGAUCCAAGCCUGUACCUCCUCGUGAAUUAAGCAGUUCAGAGAAGGGACAAGUCGUGUCUCCCAGGGAGCCACUUGAGCCAGGGAACUUCCCAGAUCCCGACUUUGAGGACAACAAGGAAGUCGAAGAUAAAGAAGAAAUUCAGUCAGAAGUUAGUCAUCCUGAUGGAAAGGUGGAGAAGGUUUAUAAGAAUGGGUGCCGGGUUAUACUCUUUCCCAAUGGAACUCGCAAGGAAGUGAGUGCCGACAGGAAGACUGUCACUGUCACUUUCUUUAAUGGGGACGUGAAGCAGGUCAUGCCGGAUGAGAGAGUGAUCUACUACUACGCCGCCGCCCAGACCACCCACACCACAUACCCAGAGGGACUACAAGUCUUGCAUUUCUCAAGUGGACAGAUAGAAAAACAUUUCCCAGAUGGAAGAAAAGAAAUCACAUUUCCUGACCAGACAAUUAAAAACUUAUUUGCUGAUGGACAAGAAGAAAGCAUUUUUCCAGAUGGUACAGUUGUCAGAGUACAAUGUGAUGGCAACAAAAUUAUUGAGUUUAAUAAUGGCCAGAGAGAACUACACACUGCCCAAUUCAAGAGAAGGGAAUAUCCGGACGGCACUGUUAAAACUGUGUAUACAAACGGUCGGCAGGAAACAAAAUACACUUCUGGUCGAAUAAGAGUUAAGGAUAAAGAUGGCAAUGUUCUCAUGGACACAGAAUUGUAAUGGUCCUUGGUGACAAAUCAUGAAGUAACACUGAUUUUUUUGUUAAAAGAUGUACUUUUGUGGAUUCUACUUAAUUUAUAUAGACCCUGUGUGUGUGUGUGUGUAAGUGGAAAAGAUGGUUUGGAUUCUAAAAUAAAAGUGUACUCUGUAAAUAACUUCCUCAUUUUCAUAUUCCUUGAAAUGCACAAGGACAGUUUUCAUUUAUUUCACCUCUGUUAGAUAAGGAAAGUGUUGCUUUUAUAAGCCGUACACAGGCUUUUAAAAUAAAUGGAUGCUUUUAUUGA